AUGGUGAGCCGAAUGGGGUGGGGGGGGAGCCGGAGGCAGCGGGGGCGGUGGGGAGACUUGGGGCCCAGCUCAGUGCCUCUGCUCCCUAUGGCACUGCCACUGCCUGCUUCUCCAUGUCGGGGACUUGGGGGAGGGAGGAUCUCUGUCUUCUCUCUGUCUCCUGCCCCUCGUACAAGAAGCUGCUCCUCUUCACUGUUUCCUCCUGCCUCAGGGUCCCCCUGCUUGAUGACUCAGGAGGCAGGGGCUUCUCAGCUUCCAUACAAUGCCUCACCCACCCCAGCCACACCCCUAACACAGACCCAUCCCACAAUGACACCCACCUCUGCUUUCCCCUCGUGGGGGUCCCACUCCACCCCACCCCUGGCCUCGGUCACUCCCCCUCCCUCCUGCCGAUGCUCCCAGGACCAUCCUGGGCUGCGGAUAGGUCCUCUGAUCCCUGAGCAGGAUUAUGAACGACUAGAGGACUGUGACCCUGAGGGGUCCCAAGACUCACCUCUCCACGGGGAGGACCAUCAACCCUUGCUUCAUGUGCCUGAAGGACUCCGUGGCUCCUGGCAUCACAUCCAGAACCUGGACAGCUUCUUCACCAAGAUCUACAGCUACCACCAGCGGAAUGGUUUUGCCUGUAUCCUGUUGGAGGAUGUCUUCCAGCUGGGACAGUUCAUCUUCAUUGUCACCUUCACGACCUUCCUCCUUCGCUGUGUGGAUUACAACGUCCUCUUCAACAACCAACCAAAGAACCAUACGAGACCUGGAGCAUUCCACAACAAAGUGACCUUGUCAGAUGCUAUUCUACCCUCAGCCCAGUGUGCAGAGAAGAUCCACGACAGUCCUCUGUUGGUCUUCCUCCUAGUCUUGGCUGCUGGCUUCUGGCUGUUCCAGCUGCUUCGUUCAGUCUGCAACCUCUUCAGCUACUGGGACAUCCAGGUGUUUUACAGGGAGGCCCUGCACAUUCCCCCAGAGGAGCUCAGCUCGGUACCCUGGGCGGAGGUGCAGUCCCGCCUCCUGGAGCUGCAGAGGAGCGGUGGACUGUGUGUGCAGCCGAGGCCGCUGACAGAACUGGACGUCCACCACCGCAUCCUGCGCUACACCAACUACCAGGUGGCGCUGGCUAACAAGGGUCUGCUGCCUGCCCGCUGUCCACUGCCCUGGGGGGGCAGCGCGGCCUUCCUCAGCCGCGGCCUGGCGCUCAACGUGGACUUGCUGCUCUUCCGCGGUCCCUUCUCGCUCUUCCGCGGGGGCUGGGAGCUUCCCGAAGCUUACAAGCGCAGUGACCUCCGGGGCGUCCUGGCCACACGCUGGCGACGCACUGUGCUGCUGCUGGCCGCCGUGAACUUGGCGCUGAGCCCGCUGGUGCUAGCCUGGCAGGUGCUGUACGCCUUCUACAGCCACGUGGAGCUGCUGCGGCGUGAGCCUGGUGCCUUCGGGGCGCGCCGCUGGUCUCGCCUGGCCCGCCUGCAGCUGCGCCACUUCAAUGAGCUACCACACGAACUGCGUGCGCGCCUGGGCCGCGCGUACCGGCCUGCGACUGCCUUCCUCCGUGCCGCCGAACCCCCUGCGCCCCUGCGCGCGCUGCUGGCCCGCCAAUUGGUCUUCUUUUCCGGAGCGCUCUUUGCCGCGCUGUUGGUGCUCACCGUCUACGAUGAGGACGUGCUGGCCGUGGAGCACGUGCUCACUACCAUGACGGUGCUCGGGGUCACAGCCACAGUGGCCAGGUCCUUCAUUCCAGAGGAGCAAUGCCAAGGGCGUCCCUCGCAGCUCCUAUUGCAGGCGGCCCUGGCACACAUGCAUUACCUCCCGGAGGAGCCUGGUGCGGCAGGUGCUCGUGCCAGCUCUUACUGGCAGAUGGCGCAGCUGCUUCAGUAUAGAGCAGUCUCCCUCCUGGAAGAACUCCUGUCUCCACUCCUCACCCCGCUGUUUCUGCUCUUCUGGUUCCGCCCCCGUGCUCUGGAGAUUAUUGACUUUUUUCAUCACUUCACUGUGGAUGUGGCUGGUGUUGGGGACAUCUGUUCUUUCGCCCUCAUGGAUGUGAAGCGCCAUGGGCACCCUCAGUGGCUCUCGGAGGGACAGACAGAAGCCUCACUCUCUCAGCGUGCAGAAGAUGGAAAGACUGAACUCUCCUUAAUGCGCUUCUCCCUGGCACACCCACGAUGGCAGCCACCUGGGCACAGCUCUAAGUUCCUUGGACACCUUCGGGGCCGGGUACAGCAAGAUGCAGCUGCCUGGGGUGCUACCUCAACACGAAGCCCGCCGACCCCAGGGGUGCUUAGUGACUGCACAUCCCCACUGCCGGAAGCCUUCCUGGCCAACCUCUUGGUGAAUCCCCGCCCACCCCAGAGAGACCUUAGUCCCACAACUCCCUGCCCUGCUGCCACAGCCAGCAUCCUUGCCUCUAUUUCACGAAUGGUCCAGGACCCCAGCUGUGUGUCCCCAGGAGGCACUGGGGGCCAGAAGCUAACCCAGCUCCCAGAGCUUGUUUCUGCUGAGAUGAGCCUUCAUGCCAUUUACCUACACCAGCUCCAUCAACAGCAGCAGCAGGAACCAUGGGGAGAAGCUUCAGCCUCCUCCCCACCCAGACCCUGGUCCAGCCCUUCACAGCCAGGCUCACCAGAUGAGGAAAAGCCAUCUUGGUCAAGUGAUGGCUCUAGUCCUGCUUCCAGCCCAAGACAGCAGUGGGGUAUCCAGAGGGCCCAGAAUCUGUUUCCAAGGGGCUUUCAGGAGACCACAGACACCCAGAAGGAGCCCUUACCAGGCCCCUUACACUGACUGAAGAUACCUCAGGUUCUGGCUUUCCCAGCUGCAGGAAACUAGAUGGGGUGGCAUGGAAAGAUACAUGGAGCCAUCUUUUGAGCUCCACCCCCUCCCCAGGUCCAGGGUAUUUUAGUUGGUCAUGAUCUGGGACUCAAAGAGGAGCUUGCCCAGAGAACAAAGAGUAGGAAAGAGAUGGCUGUGAGCUGAAGAUGGGCCCCACAAGAAGGGCUAAGAUGGCACUAGUCCCAACUGGCUGUUGUGGAGUAGUUGCCUGGGAAGAAGGACCCCAGUGCCCUCAAGGUGGAGGGCAGGGCCCAGGCAGUGGCCCAGCUCAGUGUUAGGGAUCUGUGAGGCACUGGGCCUGAAAGGCAGGGAAGUUGUUCCUGCUGGCCUCGCCUUUGAGUUCCUGUGGGACUAGGGGUGGGGGAUAUGGAGACUUGUGAGUGGAAAAACUAGAGAGGGUUGCUGUUUUUGGACGUUUGCGCUGCUGUGAUGUCUGAGGAAGUGGGUGGGGCUCCUCAUCCUGUGUGAAGUAAGCGGUGAAGAUUGUUCACGGCUGCACGGCACAUCGCUGCCAUGGGAAUGUCUGGCAUGCCCCACUCCUGGAAGCUGAGGGCUGCACCUGUUCACUCAAACACAGAACUGGCUGUGGCUGGUUGGAAACUUUUUUCAGAGUACUGGGUCACAUACAGAGGUGUCUAGGA